AUGCUUGCCCAAUCCUUUGCAAGCACUGUAUUCAAAUCAGUCGCAAGACUGGUUGAGCCGAUUACUUCACGAGUAAUACUUACAAGACCUUAUUCAGGGACUACUCCACCACUGCCUUCUCCUCCACCACCUCCACCAUCACAUGAUUCUCGGGCACCACCGCCAACAGAAGAAACUACACAUUUUGGUUAUAAAACUGUCAACCGUACUGAAAAGGAAAACUUAGUGGGUGGGGUCUUCUCCUCAGUUGCAUCGAACUACGAUUUAAUGAACGAUGUCAUGUCAAUGGGAGUUCAUCGUUUGUGGAAGCACCACUUCAUCAAUAGAUUGGAUGCUGGAAUGAGACCAUCAUCAUCUGAGCCAUUGCAAUUUCUUGACGUUGCUGGAGGUACAGGUGAUAUUGCGUUCGGGCUCUUAGAGCACGCCGAGAAGAGAUUUGGCGAUGUUGAAAGUAAAAUCACAGUGGCUGACAUCAACCCCGAUAUGUUAAAAGAGGGUGAAUUGAGAUACGUAAAACUGAAGUGGGCCAAGGAAAGCAAAAACCGUGUUGAAUUUCUUGUUCAAAAUGGUGAAACCAUGGAUGCGAUCCCUGACAAUUCGAAAGAUGUGUACACUAUUGCCUUCGGUAUUAGAAAUUUUACCGAUAUACAAAAGGGUUUAAAUACAGCUUAUAGAGUGUUGAAACCAGGAGGAAUUUUCGCAUGUUUGGAAUUCUCUCAAGUUGAGAACCCAGUUAUUGAUUAUGCUUAUCAGGCAUACCUGUUUUCAUUAUUACCAUUAAUGGGUCAAUUGAUUGCAAAUGAUAGAGAUUCAUAUCAGUAUUUGGUUGAGAGUAUACAAAAGUUUCCUAAACAAGAGGAGUUCAAGUCGAUGAUUGAAAAAGCUGGAUUUUAUGUACCAGAACCAGGAUACGAAAACUUGACCUUUGGUGUUGCUAGUAUCCACAUUGGUAUCAAGCUUUAG